AGCUUAACUGUCAUUUGACGCCAAACGCGCGUCGUACGCAGUCCGCUCGAAUAAUUUCCCCGAUUUCGGUAUAAAUAUAUAUAUUUAAAUCUUUGGCGAUCGUCGUUUCGUUAAGGAGCAUUAAGAAAUGGUUAACCAUCUGGCGCUCCUGCUCCUGGGAGUGCUCUCCUCCUGGCCAGCUGUAACUGUGUCCGGCGAUACCACCUCUAGAAUCGUCUGCUACUUCAGUAACUGGGCUGUAUAUCGACCUGGAAUCGGUCGCUAUGGACUGGAGGAUGUGCCCGCCAACCUGUGCACCCACAUCAUCUACUCCUUCAUCGGUGUUAAUGAUAAGAAUUGGGAUGUUCUGGUGAUCGAUCCGGAUUUGGACGUGGAUCAAGGGGGCUUCAGCAAGUUCACCCAAUUGAAAAAGAUCAAUCCCAAUGUGAAGUUGGAGAUUGCGGUGGGUGGCUGGGCAGAAGGUGGCUCUAAGUACUCACAAAUGGUGGCAGUUAGAGAACGCCGAUUGAGUUUCAUACGCAGUGUGGUGGGCUUUAUGAAGCAGUACAAUUUCGAUGGUUUCGACUUGGACUGGGAGUAUCCUGGAGCCACAGACCGUGGUGGCUCCUUCAGUGAUAAGGACAAGUUUCUCUAUUUCGUUCAGGAAUUGCGAAGAGCCUUUGAUCGCGAGGGUCGCGGAUGGGAGAUUACCAUGGCAGUGCCGGUGGCUAAGUUCAGACUGCAGGAAGGCUAUCAUGUUCCGGAAUUAUGCGAAUUGCUGGAUGCCAUUCACGCCAUGACCUAUGACCUGCGAGGAAACUGGGCCGGAUUCGCCGAUGUGCACAGUCCGCUCUACAAGCGAAAACAUGACCAAUACGCCUACGAGCGCCUGAAUGUGAACGACGGUCUCGGGUUGUGGGAGGAAAUGGGCUGUCCGGCCAACAAGCUAGUGGUAGGCGUCCCGUUCUACGGCCGAACAUUCACGCUGAGCAGCUCGAACAAGAACUACAACAUGGGCACUUACAUCAACAAGGAGGCGGGUGGCGGUGCUCCGGGUCCCUAUACGAAUGCCAGUGGCUUCCUGGCCUACUACGAAAUUUGCACAGAGGUGAUGGAUAAAUCGAAGGGAUGGACUGUGGAGUGGGACGAAGGUGGAAUGGUGCCCUAUACCUACAAGGACACCCAGUGGGUGGGCUACGAGAACGAGGCAUCUAUCCAAAUCAAGAUGGACUAUAUUAAGGUAAAGGGUUACGCCGGCGCCAUGACCUGGGCCAUCGAUAUGGAUGAUUUCCAUGGCUUGUGUGGCAAGAAGAACGGUUUGAUGCAGAUCCUCUACGACAACAUGAAGAGCUAUCGCGUUCCGAAACCAUCAAGAGAAACUACACCAAGGCCUGAGUGGGCAAAGCCUCCAGCAACCCCACCAAAUCCGGAUGAGGGUCAAUUGGGGGUAAUUCAACCAACAAUGAGUACUACCAAAAGACCAAAGCCUAAGCCCAAGCCCACAGCAACUCCAGUUAGUUCAACCUCAGCUCCAGUUCCAACUGCUCCCUCUAGCACUCAGAAGCCAACCACAAAGAAACCCAAAAAGCCCAAGAAGCCAACGACCACCACAACAACCACCACUCCUGCUCCGGAAAAGAACACUGAGGAGCCUGAAGAAGUUUUACAACCUGUAGAUCCCGUAGAUCCCGAACAGCCUAUGGGCCAGUUCGAUCCCAACGAAAUUGAUUGUACCAACCGGGACUUUGUUCCACAUCCCAACUGUCGAAAGUACUUCCGCUGUGUCCACGGCAAGCCCGUGGAAUUCGAAUGCAAAGAGGGAACGGCUUUCCAUACGGUCCUGAAUGUUUGCGAUUGGAUUGAGAAUAGCGAUCGCUACUACUGCACCCGCAUUAAGAACAAGCAGGAGGGCAACGAGGCCCACUAACUGUCCCAAAAUAUAUUUAUAAACUAUUUAAAAUCGCAAACUCUAGCAUAGGUUGACAAAAUAUUUAUCCACACUUAGAUAUACAUAUUUAAGUAACUUAAUUUAAUAUCAACAUAGGGUUAUAAAGAAGAUUACCAGGCGAGACGAAAACAAUAAAAAUAAAUUUGAUUUUAAAAUCCAAUAAAGCAAAAA